AGCCGUAUAGAUUGUUGUGGUGAUACUUUUUAUUAUAUUACUUAACGUUUGUAGUUAUUUUAUUAUAUUUAGAACAUACUUUACAUUGGUUCGUAACAAUAUAUCAUAAUCUUAUUAUUAAUGCCUCAAACUGAAUAUUGGCCGUUUGGCAGCUACAAGAAAGUCGACGACCCUAGCUUCAAAGAAGAGUCCUCUGUUUUACAAAAACAGUUGGGCGACAUGGAAGGCGAAGUCAAAGAAAUCCAAAUGGAGUUAGCAGCCAUACGAAACGAACGACUCUAUGUAUCGAAUCCGAAUCGAAAACAUAGAAAUGUCAUUUACGGAUCGCUGACCGACGAAGAAGAAGUUGUUCAAGACCACGGUCCAGGAAAUCCCGUGGCUAAGUAUCCCGAGAUCUUGAAGAUGCGUGAAGACCUGAUUCGGGCAAAAAACGCUGCCGACGAGGAAAGAACACAGCGAGAGAAAUACGAAGAGAAACUUAAAGACCUAGAGCGGAAACUAAAUGAUAUCUGCUCCGUUGAGUUAGUUGAAAAGGGCACACGGGAUUAUACCAAUCAAGACGUUGCAGCGAUGAAAACUCAAAUCCGGGACAUGAAAGAGGAAAUUGAGGAAUUGAGAUUGACUGUCAACGAGAAAUCGGAACAAUUGCAGGAGUACAGAAUGAGGUACCUACAAGCCCAGCAACAAGUGGAAGAGGCGAGGCGACAACGCGAACUGAUCGAGUUCGAAAACAAGCAAGUUACGGACCAGAUACAUUUAGAAAUUCAAAAGAUGAAGUUACAGUUUCAAGAGAAGCUCCAGGAGCUAGCGCAGCUGCCGGACCUCCUGAAGGGCGCCCAGAUCCAGUUGCAGGAGUCUAAACAGCUGCAGAAGCUGGCGGAGGAGAGCACGCAGCAGGUUUCUAACGAGUUGCAGCUUGUCAGGGAAAAGUUAGUCCAUGCUGUAAAUAGUUUAAAUCAAGAGAAAGUUGAAAAAGACAAGUUGUUGGAGGAAAACAAAAUGAUUAAAAUCGCACUUCUUGAAAAGGACCACGAAAUUGAUGGAAUAUCUAAAGAGCUAGACGACUAUAAGUCCAAAGCAUUUCGUUUUGAAGAGAAACUGACACAACAAGAGGUCAGAUAUAAAGAGAAGGCGGCGGAAUGUGCGCAAAUACUGAAAGAGCUCGAGGAGCUUCGCGCCGAGAGCUCGCGUUCGCUCACCCGGCUCAAGGAGCGCUCCGAGUCCAACAGGAGAUACAUGCAGGCCCAGAUAACUGAGCUAGAAAAACAACUCGUACAGAGCCGGGCUCAGUGUAGGGCUUCGCAGAAAGAACGGGAUGAUAUCCGCCAAAGGAUGCAAAUGCAGAUAAGCAGUUUGCAAGAAAACUUCGAACUGGUGGAGAUACGCUUGAGAGGCCUUCAAAACCAGGUCGGCUCCCUCAAGAACUCAUACUCAUAUAUUCUGACGGAUGACAAUGAAGAUCUCACCACCAGCUUAGUUGAAUCUUAGCAUUGCUACCGUUUUACUGCCAUAGCCUUCUGGGUUAAGGAUAUUUACCAUUUCGAAAAAUAAUGAUAGUGCCCAUCGCAACAGGCUAAAUCGCCUAUAACUAUUAGUCAUUUCAGUCAACG